CCGCCGGCUCAGCCAAUGGGCGGCGAGUGCUGCCCGCCCCAGCAAUGGCGGCGGCGGCCUCGGGCGGGCGCGUCCUCGCGAAGCCGCUUCCGGCAGCGGCGGUGCCCGCGCCCGCGAUGGCGGCGCCCGGCGGCGACGAGGGGCGCGGGCGGCCGUAGAGCCGGGCCGGGCAUGGGCAACGCGCUGGGCCCCGCCGCGCCCCGGGCCCCGCGCCGAGGGGAGCCGCUCGGGAGCCCCGGCAGCUUCGAUGAGCUGCACCGGCAGUGCAAAGAGGUUUUCCCGCAGCAAAUGGAGGGGGUGAAGCUGAUCGUCACCAAGACCCUGAGCAGCCACUUCCAGGUGACGCACACGGUUCACAUGAGCACCCUUGGCCCCUCCAGCUACCACUUCAAUGCCACUUUCGUGGGGGACCGCCAGCUCGGCCCCACCGAGGCCUUCCCCACGCUGAUUGGGGACAUGGACAACAGCGGCAGCCUCAAUGCCCAAGUGCUGCACCUUGUGGCCGAGCGCAUCCGCACCAAAGCCGUCUUCCAGGUGGGGCCAGACUCACCAGACCAAGUUCGUGACGUGGCAGUUCGACGGCGAGUACCGGGGGGACGACUGCACCGCUACCCUCACGCUGGGCAACCCCGAUCUCCUUGGCGAGUCUGUGAUCCUGGUGGCCCAUUUCCUCCAGAGCAUCACCUCCCGCCUUGUCCUGGGUGGGGAGAUGGUUUACCACCGGCGGCCAGGGGAGGAGGGAGCCAUCCUCACGCUGGCGGGCAAAUACACGGCUCUAAAGUGGGUGGCAACGCUGAACGUGGGGUAUGGUGGUGCCCAUGCCAGCUACUACCACCGAGCCAACGAGCAGGUGCAGGUUGGGGUGGAGCUGGAGGCCAACACCCGGCUGCAGGAUACCACCUUCGCCUUUGGCUACCAGCUCAACCUGCCACAGGCGAACAUGGUCUUCAGAGGGCUCCUGGACAGUAAUUGGAGCGUUGGGGGCGUUCUGGAGAAGAAGCUGCCCCCCCUGCCCGUCACCCUGGCUCUGGGUGCCUUCCUGAACCACUGGAAGAACCGUUUCCACUGCGGCUUCAGCGUCAUUGUGGGCUGAGGGACCGCAGGGGUGGGCGGCACGUGCCACCGUCCUGCUCAGGGAGCUGCUGUGCGCGGCACCAGCUGGGCCCUGCAUUUGUGCCAGGGUGUCAGGGGAGCCGAUGGUGUGGAGACCUGGUCCCUUGUGGCCGGGGGACACUGUGUGACAGCACGUGGCUUGUGUUAGCACCUUUGGGCUGAGGAGCAGCUGCUGCUUGGGGCCUGGGGCCCUCCAUGGGCCCUGGCGCUCACCUGUGCCGCCCUCCUCGCCCCAGCACCAUGCUUCCCUCUGCUCCCACCCCUGCUCUGCCUCGGUUUCCCUCCAGCGGCGCAGGGGGUGGCUCUGGGCGCACGCAUCUGCAGAGCCUGGAAAAAUAAAGGAGCUUUACUCUGC